UCCUGGGGCUCUGGUGGUACGCGGCGACCGCCUUCCGGCCGAGCCUGCCGGCGGUAUUGGACCAGUGGGACGCCGGGAAGAUGGAAGUGUUUCAGGCCCUGCAGCGAUUGCACAUGACCAUUUUCUCCCAGAGUUUUUCACCCUGCGGGAAGUUCCUGGCGGCUGGUAACAAUUAUGGGCAGAUAGCCGUCUUCAGCUUGUCUGCCGCUUUGAGCUCCGAGGCCAAAGAGGAAAGUAAGAAGCCCAUAGUGACCUUCCAAGCCCAUGAUGGGCCCGUCUACAGCAUGGUCUCCACCGACCGACAUCUGUUCAGCGCUGGGGACGGGGAGGUGAAGGCCUGGCUUUGGGCAGAGAUCCUCAAGAAGGGCUGUAAGGAGCUAUGGUGUCGUCAGCCCCCCUACAGGACCAGCCUGGAAGUGCCUGAGAUCAAUGCUUUGCUUCUCGUCCCCAAGGAGAAUUCCCUCAUCCUGGCAGGGGGAGACUGCCAGCUGCACACGAUGGACCUAGAGACGGGGACCUUCACGCGGGCGCUCCGGGGCCACACAGACUACAUCCAUUGCCUGGCCCUGAGGGAGCGGAACCCUGAGGUGCUGUCUGGUGGCGAGGAUGGAACUGUGCGGCUUUGGGAUCUUCGCAUGGCCAAGGAGGUCCAGACAAUUGAGGUCUACAAGCAUGAGGAGUGCUCCAGGCCCCACAAUGGGCGCUGGAUCGGAUGUUUGGCAACUGACUCAGACUGGAUGGUUUGUGGAGGAGGCCCCGCACUCACCCUCUGGCACCUCCGAUCCUCCACACCCACCACCAUCUUCCCCAUGUGGGCACCACAGAAGCAUGUCACCUUCUACCAGGACCUGAUUCUGUCAGCUGGCCAGGGCCCCUGCGUCAACCAGUGGCAACUGAGUGGGGAACUGAAGGCCCAGGUGCCUGGUUCCUCCCCAGGGCUGCUCAGCCUCAGUCUCAACCAGCAGCCAGCAGCACCUGAGUGCAAGGUGCUGACAGCUGCAGGCAACAGCUGCCGGGUGGAUGUUUUCACCAAUCUGGGCUAUCGGGCCUUCUCCCUGUCCUUCUGACCUCCGGCAGCUGGUAGGGCCCGGAGCAGGAGGACCUGGAAGAGGCCCUAAGCCCACCCUCUCGGACAGGGAGAGGGCCCUGGGGCCUCAGCGAGCAGAGGUCUGAACUGUUGUUUUUUUUACAAAAUAAAAUUUCAGGCUUUUC